AUGAGCAUCCAGCAACGUAAACUGGUUCUAGGGCUUAGGGUAUCACGGCGUCGGUCCACCCAGGCUAAGCGAGAAAUCCUCAAAUUGACAUUGCGUCCUACGAACGAGUAUACAGCGAUUGUCAGCCAGCAACAACGAAAAAUCGCAACCAUGCAGAUUUUCGUCAAGACCCUGACGGGUAAGACCAUUACCCUCGACGUCGAGUCGAGCGACACCAUCGACAACGUCAAGGCCAAGAUCCAGGACAAGGAGGGUAUCCCCCCUGACCAGCAGCGCCUGAUCUUCGCCGGUAAGCAGCUUGAGGAUGGCCGCACCCUGAGCGACUACAACAUCCAGAAGGAGUCCACUCUCCACCUGGUCCUCCGUCUGCGUGGUGGUAUCAUUGAACCCUCCCUUAAGGCUCUCGCUUCCAAGUACAACUGCGAGAAGUCCAUCUGCCGCAAGUGCUACGCCCGUCUUCCUCCCCGUGCCACCAACUGCCGUAAGAAGAAGUGCGGUCACACCAACCAGCUGCGCCCCAAGAAGAAGCUCAAGUAA